AUGACCCCGGCACUCUGGGACAGUAGUCCCAUGUUCUUCUCCUUUGCUAGCAAAGCAAUAGACCUUCUUUCUCCUUUUGUUCAAAACUGUGUCAUCAUUAUUGGAUUGGCAUCGGGGACUAGGAUAAUGCUUUUUGUAACUGAGGCUGAGACAGGAAGAUCACAAGUUCAAAGUCAGCCUAAGCAAUUUAGGGAGGAUAGCCCAGCGGAAACCCAAGACCAGGUCCUAGACUCCUCAAUCAAUUCAAAAACAGACAAGGUUCUAACCUCACCAGAGAGCAAGAGGCAACGGAAAGGGUACCUGCCAUCCGAGUCCGUGAGGAUUCUCCGUGACUGGCUCUAUGAGCACCGAUUUAAGGCCUAUCCCUCAGAGGCAGAGAAACGAAUGCUGUCAGAGCAAACUAAUUUAUCUUUUCUUCAGAUUUCAAACUGGUUCAUAAAUGCCCGCAGACGCGUUCUCCCGGAAAUGCUUCAACAGGAUGUAAACGACCCUAACCACCAUAAAGACAAGGCUGCGGAUGAAGCCCAACAGCAGUGUACCGAUCCGACUGUGCUGGUCAAGUCAGGGACCAAAGCUCUAGACAAGUUACAAUGCUUGCCUGGGUCCCUGCUGCCAGUAGGCCAGGAAUCAGAAGAGAGGCUAACAGAUUCAGAGUCUGCCCCAAGCCAGAAGCUAAUCCUAAAUGAGCAGCCAAAGAAAAAGAUCAAGAUUUCCACCAGUGAGUCCUUGUCUUCUCCAGAAUCUGUGUGGCCAGAGGAGGACGAGGAUUUCAGCAGCUUCCACUUGCUGGUAGAUGCUGCUGUGCAAAAGGCAGCUGAACUGGAGCUGCAGAAGAAGCAGGAGCUGGAUCCAUGA